CAUGCAGUGGCUUUGUCAAUAGCUGUGGUCACUGCAAUUUGUUCAAUAUUCGAGUUGUGACUGUGGUAUUACUUUAGUUUAAGACAAAAGGGAUGUUUAGUUGUAGAAAACUGAUUUUAGAUAAUGCAGUUUCAAAUUUUGAUUUUAAAUGCUUAGGCCAGUGACGAUUAUAGGGCUAUCUUAAACUUAACUUAAGCUCUUUGUUUAUCAUUUUGUAUUUAACGAUAAAUGUAACUUGUAAGCACACCGACACAGUAUAUUUGAGAUGUAAAAUUGUAAGCUAAUUUAAUUUUAACUGUUAAUGUUAAUAAUAAUAGUAUUGGUAUUACCGUACGUAUCAUGUCAAUAAAAUUGAAAAGUAUGGUUUAUUGCCAUUAAUUAAUUAUUAUAAUUAACUGGUGAAAUGGUGGGGUUGUACCAGAAUGUAAUUUAUUUCAGUUGUUAGUUCAUGAAAAUGAUUAAUUUUAAUUUUGAACUUAUAGUGAGUUAUACUAUAGUCUGUAGCUAUAUUUUUGUUUGAAACUGAAAGAUGACUGUUUGUGUUAAUGUAAUGUUGUGUUAAUGUUAAUAGUCUGGAAGUGGAAAUAGGUAACUGGGUGAAUACUUUGACUGUGUUUCAGAUACUUACUAAUACUGUGCUGCAUAGUGCAUAUAGCAGCAGAUUCAUAAACCAAGACUUCAAAGUUCAAAUUCAAUUAAAUAUUUAACAGCUAAAUUUAAAACAAAUUUCAGAGUACAGUCAACAACAUAGUAAUAUAGUAACUAUUAGUAGUAUUUUGGCUACUGUGUAUGAAGUUGUACAUUUAAUAUAUUAGAUUUUAGUUGUACUUUUUUUUUAACUUUCAGUUGCAUUUUAUAAUAUGUGGUUGUUUGUGAGGGAAAAUUAUUUUAUAGGAGGGAUAAUGAUUUGUUGUCUUUUACUAAUUGUAAAGACUCCACAAAUUGUAAAUAAAUAUGAAGUAAAAAUGGGAGAAAAAUAUAAGGAUAGUAUUUGGAAGUUUAUGGACAUUGUAUCAAAGAACAGUAUAAAUACUGGAAACAGAGUAAAGCGUGAGGAUAAAAACACUGCAGCACAACAAGAAGAGGAGUUCUUUGAUGAGCAACAUCAGUUAGAAGGGAUUUUGAAUAGUAGUUAUAGUGCUAGAAAAUUUGAAUUUGAAAAUAAUGAAAAAUUUCAAAGGAGCCUCAAAGGUCAAAAAUCAAAUGGCAUUCCUUUGAAUAUACCUGUAUCAAGUGUUGAAAUGCAAAAUCCAAAGAUGAUUGAUGUUCAUAAAACAAAGUUUGAUCAUGUACAACCAGGUGGCAAAGAAAGUUGUUACAAACCUGCUCGUUGUCAACCUUUAUAUAAUACAACAUGCUUUGGUGUGAAGCUUCCUUAUACCCAAACAUCUCUUGCACUUGUAAACACAUCAGAAAGCCUUGCAGAUGUCCAAGAACAGCUUACCUUAUGGAGAGGACUUCAAAGUGUUCCCCGAUGUUGGGCUGUAAUUCAGCCUCUUCUGUGUGCUGUCUACUUACCUAAGUGUGAAAAUGGACAAAUAACUCUUCCAAGUCAAGAGAUGUGCAAAGUCACCCGUGGCCCUUGUCAGGUUGUGCAGCAUGAAUUUGGUUGGCCUGAGUUUCUUCAAUGUAAUUCAUUAGACAAAUUUCCACCAGCAUGCAAGAACGAAGUCAGAGAGCUGAAGUUUAGUGUCACCUCCCACUGUCAGAGACCAUUGGUGGACACUGUUGAUUCAGAUAUCUGGCAUAAAGAUGUUCAUGGGUGUGGAAUUCAGUGCCAGAAUCCUCUCUUUAGUUCUGAAGAACAUAAUCAAGUCCAUUCUUUCAUUGCUGUUGUAGGGACUGUCUGUUUGUUGUGUACCCUGUUUACAAUUAUAACUUUUAUUGUGGAUUGGAAAAGUGCCAGCAAAUAUCCAGCUCUUAUCAUCUUCUAUAUCAAUGCUUGUUUCUUCAUUGUCACCAUUGGAUGGAUGGCACAGUUCACACCUGGAGCAAGGGAUGACAUAGUGUGCAGACAAGAUGGUACACUGAGACAAGGAGAACCUCGAUCAGGAGAAAACCUUUCUUGUAUCAUCAUCUUCAUUCUCAUCUACUACUUCCUGAUGGCUGGCAUUAUAUGGUUUGUUUUUCUAACAUAUGCUUGGCAUGUCUCUUUCCAAGCUGUAGGUAUCCCGAGAGAAGUGAUUGAAAGUCGAGCUGCCUAUUUCCAUAUUGUUGCCUGGAGUGUACCACUUGUGCUUACUAUAGCAAUCAUGGCACUUGGUCAGGUUGAUGGAGAUUCACUAAUGGGUAUUUGUUUUGUUGGUUACCUUCAUCCUUCAAGAGCUGGUUUUGUUUUAGCACCAGUAUCAGUAGCUGUUUUUUGUGGAGGAUUUUUCUUGAUAAAGAGUUUAAUUACUCUAGUUAAAGUGAAAUUAGGUAGUGCAGAAGUUGUAAGUGAGGAAGCAAACAUCAGAAUACGCCACAUGAUCAUACGAAUGGGAACUUUUACAUUUCUGGUGUUUCUGUUGGCAUUCUGUACAUUUGGUUGUCAUGUUUAUGAGUUUCUAAACCAGGCUAAGUGGAUAGCAAGUAUGGAAGAUUUUGUAAUCUGUGCUGCCAACAUUACUUUAGCAAGUAGAAGUAAUGGUGAAACUUUGAAAGAGUGCAAAGCCAAGAGUCAUCCAAAUAUUAUGACUCUACAACUACAUGUACUAGCAAUGUUUGGGACUGGAGUGCUUAUGUCAUCAUGGGUCUGGACAUCGGCAACAAAGGCUUCUUGGAAACGUUUUUUUAAUAGGGUGUUCCGUCAAUCAGAAGAAGAGCCAGUACGUAUGAGGCGUCAUAAACUCAUUGCACAAGCAUUUGCUCAGCAGCAAGGGUUGCAUCAAGCUCAGAGCUCUUUCAGUUUUCAUAGCACUCAUGAUGAUCCUGUUGGAAUGAAUUUGGAGUUGAACAGUAUUGCUUCUGAAGAACUAUCAUCAACUUGGGCAGCAGCUUUACCCAAGUUUAUAUCUCGAAGAGGAGCUCUUGUAGGUGCUGGAUCCAUGGGAAUACGUGGUUACUCAUCCACUUCUGAUAUAAGUCAGAGAAGAGUUUCACUUGACUCCUUUGAUCGUCAACAGUCUUUUGAUUCUCAAAUGAGUUUCCAAGUUAGUGAACAGGAAUGGGUUGCUCAUGCACUUGCUCGACACCAAAGAAGAAAAACCAGACGAGAAAGAGAGAGAUUAUGGAGAGGGCACAACCGCAUUUAUCCCUGGUCUCGAGGCAAUAGGCGUGGAAGUGAUACAUCUUCCCAGAGUGCUGCAGUUGCUACACAAUCUAAUGCAUUGAACAAAACUACUAUAACACAGGCCACAAGUACUGGUGACCUGAAUCAGGCUCUCUUUUUUCAUAGACCCCCUACAGCAUUUGUGAUCUCCAGGCCUAUGAUACAAAAACAUAAUUUAAUAAAUCCUCCAUUUACACAUGGUAUGACUGACAACUCUCAUAGGCAGCAAAAAUCAAAUGAUAUGAAUGACAACUCUCAUCAGCAGCAAAAAUCGAAUAGCCAUCCAGCAGCUAUUGGAAAUCUUGGAACUAUGCCAGGUAUCUUAAAUCAAUCAGGAUUUAUGUCAAAUGUUGGAUUGUUUGGAUACAUGGGCGCUGGCUUACCUGGACAGGUUGGAUUGCCAAUGGGAGUUGGUUACCCACCUCUUCCUGGAAGUGUUGGCUACCAGCAUUACAAUAAUAUGCCUUUCAGAGUUGGUUAUUCUCCCUUCCAAAGUAUGGCUGCCACAUUACCUCCAGGUCAUUCACCCAUCUUACCAAUGCACCCAAUGAUUGAUAGUUCUAGCGAACAGGAUUUUUUCCCAAUUAGAAUAUCAGAUACGUCGGACUAUGAUGCUGGCCUUAUGUCACAAGAUGAGGCCCAGAUCUUGUCUGCACAAAAGCUGUUGGAGCAACGUACAAGGUGUCUCCAAACACCUAGUGAUGUGAUCAAACCAUUUCCCCGUGUAUCUCAAAGGUCUAGUCGACAAUCACAAAGAGAAUCUGUCAACCGUGUCCAGUCUGCUACUCAAACAGAAAGAGAGCCACUGCAUACUGGCUCCAGUAGAAACAGCAAACAGAAUAAGAACACCGAGGAAGCUUUUGAAAUGGCUGAGAGGAACUCAUUUAUACCAUCUGCUAAUUAAUUUGCUAAUAUCAGCUGAUGGUAUUUGUAAGUUGAACAUUUAUUAGCCAAAUAUAAUACCAGGUCACAAAGAAAUUAACACUGCAAUACACAAAAAGUGAUAAUUUUUUGAGAUGAGAAAUAAUUUGGACGUAUACUGUUGUAUUUUAUCAAAUUUACAAUACACCACAGAAAUGACAAAUUAAUGGUGAUGUAAUGAGCAACCUAGACAGGAGAUUACUGGUGGUUAUAUCCAGAAUAUUCUGUUAAAAAGGAGAGUUAACAAUUUUGUUUUUAACCACAUUACACUCAGUAAGCAAAAUUUCACUUGUACUGCUUAUGAUUUUUGAAAAAUAGAUAAUUAUUUGUACUAAAGAAUGUCUCGUACAAUUGUAGUGUACAAUUUAUCUGACUCUUUGUUUUCUUAAAAAUCAUAUACAUGUAAAGUAAUCAUGAACUUGUUUUAAACUUAAACUUAGGAGAUAUCAUAAUAUAUGUUUCAGU